CGUAACCACAACCACAUAACCUCUCAUUUUUUGACUGUCACUUUGACAGUUGUGGCGGUGGUUAAACACGUGUGAUAAAAAAUGCCAAAAUUCGACAAAAAACGCACCAGAAACCGCUUCAAUCCCAGCUUUAGGGGAAAAACCAACCGACCGCAAGUCCACCGCGAAUACCAGCACCAAAAUCAAUUGCGCGAAAUCGAUGUGGGAAUUACCGAAUUCAUUAACACGUUUGAGGGUUUCUCUGGCGUGAUCAAAGCCCGCUUUUCGGAUUUUCAAGUCAAUGAAAUCGACCCCGACGGCCAAAUUGCCAAACUAACAAACUUGGAAAUCCCCAAGUUUGGGACAACCGUGGAAAAAGCCGAUGCACCGGCUGAUAGCCCCUUGUCCCAAAUCCCGCAGGAGACAUGGCUAGGUUUAAAGCAAAUGCUUGACGAGGCGGAGCCGCCUUUGAUCGAACUCGACGUCAGUGAAAUGACAAAAGAGGAUCGUACGGAAAUUCACAAAUCGUUGAAAAAGUACUUUGGAGGGAAAAUUAGUGCAAAUACUGAGACGAAAAACGAUAAGAAAUUUAUGGUUUUUAAAAAACACGACGGUAAAAUUGACAACCGCUCGAACUGGCCGAGUGAUAAAGGGGAGUUUGUCCAUUUCCUUGUGUAUAAGGAAUGUCUCGACACGUUAGACACCGCCUUAAGGAUCGCCUCAUGUUUAAAAAUGCCCCCCGCACAUUUUAGUUAUGCCGGGGUUAAGGACCGAAGAGCGAAAACCACUCAAUGGUUUUCGGUCAAAAGAGUCGAACCGUGGAAACUGAUGGUAAAAACGCGACCAAUUCGAAACGUAAAGAUUGGUAAUAUCACUUUCAAAGACAAGCCGUUAAAACUAGGCGACUUGACCGGUAAUAAAUUCCGAAUCGCGCUCAGAAAUGUGACUGGGGACGACGAUUUGAUCGAAAAGUCGCUCAAAAGUCUCCAAGACAAGGGGUUUGUUAAUUAUUACGGGUUACAAAGGUUUGGGAACGAUAAAGAAGUGCCCACGUUUUCGGUCGGGAUACAACUUUUGUUGGGCAAUUGGAAAGAGGCCUGUGAUAUUAUUUUGAAACUAACAAAGUCAGACCAGCCCGAUUUGGACGUCUCUAAAGCUAAGAAAGUAUACGCUGAGACGGGCGACCCUGAAAAGGCUUUAGCUCAAUUCGAGAGCAAAAAUUCUUGUAUCGAAUAUUUAUUAUUGUCAGGACUGAGCAAAGAACAUAAAAAUGACUACGUCAAUGCUUUAGCGAGUAUACCGCGAAAUACGAGACUCCUUUACAUUCACUCGUUCCAAAGUUUGGUUUGGAAUUUAAUUGCGUCAAAACGAAUUGAAAAAUACGGCCUUAAGGUCGUCCCAGGCGACUUGAUUCUUCUCGAAAAUUUAAAAGAAAACUCGGAAGAUGACGAGGAUUGUGGCGAAAAUAAAAAAGAGCCCGUGAAAGAACUAACCGAUGAAGAGUGCGCCAAUUAUACAAUUUAUGACAUUGUUUUACCACUGCCGGGUUACGACAUUACAUAUCCGGAAAAUAUGAAAGACUGUUACAAGGAAAUUUUAGAAAAAUACGGCCUAACUUUAGAAAUGACGAGACAAAAAGUACGCACUUAUACGUUAAGUGGAACUUAUCGUAAAUUAAUGGGGCAAGUGCAGAACCUGUCGUGGAAAAUAAUGUACUAUAACGACCCCAACGAUAAUUUAAUUAGGUCAGAUUUGGAAGAACUGAAAGGGGAGAAAGAACCCGCGAGUGUUGAAGGAGGAAAAUACAAAGCGCUGCUGCUAGAUUUUUGCCUCGACUCAUCUUCAUAUGCCACAAUGGUGUUACGCGAAAUUCUAAAAAGCGAUACUUCGAGUAGCUCCCACGCGAAAUUAAAUAAUUACCAUGUGGCAACAGCAAAACCUGAGGAAAAAACGUGUGAGGAAAAUGAGUUUUCGGAUAAAGUUGGAUUACUCAACGACUCACAAAAGUACGAAGCUUUCAAAAAUAUAGUCUUCAGUGAAGACGAUACAAGUUUGAAACGAAAGUGUGAGGAGGAGAAUGGGGAAAAGGCAAAGGUCGCGAAAACGUAACUACAGGAAACUUUUUUAUCGGCUUGAAAUAAAAACACUUUGAAACGUA